AUGAAGACAUGGGAUGUUGCCUCAAUUAGCGAAGAGGAUUGUCUGCUUUUUAUGUGGAGUUCUUCUCCGCAUCUUGAUCAGGCGAUUCAACUUGGCAAGGCGUGGGGGUUUCGGUGGGCGACGGUCGCUUUUGUCUGGGAUAAGCAACGCCUGAACCCCGGUUUUUACACGAUGAGUCAAUGUGAGUUAUGCCUUGUUUUCAGGCGUGGAAAAAUUCCACAACCGCGAGGCGCAAGAAAUAUGAGGCAACUCGUUCAGAUUAAACGGACACGCCACUCUGAAAAACCGGAUGCUGUGCGUGAACGGAUUGAGAAAAUGUUUCCACACCAGUGUAAGAUUGAACUGUUCGCUCGAAAGCGGCACCAAGGCUGGGACGCAUGGGGACUCGAAAUUCACUAA